AUGUGUUCUCUCCUUGUGGCAGUCAGACGAGAAGCUGCUUGCUACCCAACGGCGAGGGAGGCCGAAAGGUGGAGGGUCGAGGGGGGGGGGGGGGGGGGGGGGGGGUGGUGCCGAGGCGCGCCGUUGCUGGCGCUGGCGCACAUUCGGCGUGACGUCACGGCCGGCACGCGCACGUGGCGCGCCCGCACCUACAUGCACCGCCACCAU